AUGGAACCCAGCACCGCCACGACGGCCUGGGGCACACCAGUCAUGAUGGCAGGAAAGAGCAUAGAAAGAUUCGAACCGGUACCUAUGCUGGUCACGAAUUCGUCCCAGGUUCACUUUACCAUGGGCGUGUCGGCUUCGAAACCAGUAACAAGGCGAAAAGCAAGCGUCAGCAGCGACAACGGUGUGGCGUGGAGCGGACUAGACCUGCCGAAAUGGAUCCAGAGGAUUCCUGUCGCGACGGGCAAAGAUCAAGAUCCCCAUAACCGUGGGCAGAACGUCAACGCAGAACUAGAGGAUAGUGGUGCCUUGUGUAGCUUGGGAGUCGAUGUGGUGGAAGUAUGCCAAUGGUCGAACAAGCAUGGAUGUCGAAAAGAUCAAGAGGUAUGCCGCAGCUGA